AUGUCCUGCAAUGCAUUGUGCUCUUACUCUUCCCGCAUUCGUAUCUCAGGCUACCCAAUACUCAGUCAUGUCUUGACCUCGGGGCCAAGCAAUCAAGGCGGUUUUAAUCUUGGGGGGAUUAACGCGAGUGGUCAAAUUCCUUCGUUCGGCAAUAAUUUCGGCCUUAUCGAUCGCGACACACCGAAAGAGGCCCUCACAAAGAAGUCUUACCUCUCCGACGAGGAACUUGUUCUGGUCUUCUCUGACGAAUUCAAUGAGGACGGCCGCUCCUUCUACCCCGGUGAUGAUCCAUUCUGGGAAGCCGUCGAUUUUCAUUACUGGGUAACUAAUGAUUUGGAAUGGUAUGAUGCCACCCAACCCACGACAAAGGAUGGUGCAUUGCGCCUCACCAUCGAAGUCGCGGACCCGGCCAACAACCAUGACCUGGACUAUAAGUCAGGCAUGAUCCAGAGUUGGAAUAAGUUUUGCUUUACUGGUGGUCUGAUCGAAGCGGCUGUAAUGCUACCUGGCGACACGCGCUCAAGUGGUUUCUGGCCGGCUGUUUGGGCCAUGGGUAAUCUCGGACGCGCUGGAUACGGAGGCACCCUCGAUGGCAUGUGGCCUUAUACCUACGAGGCCUGUGACGUGGGCACCCUCCCAAAUCAGACGUACCCUGGUAGAAGUGAGCCUGUCGCUGCAACUCGAAACGGCGACCCCACGAGAGACGGCGUGCUUUCAUACCUUCCUGGCCAGCGCCUAUCCGGGUGUACUUGUCCUGGAGAAUCUCAUCCCGGACCUAUGAGGAAAGAUGGAAGCUACGUCGGUCGGGCGGCACCAGAAAUCGAUAUCUUCGAGGCCCUCACCGACGAUGAAGGCGGCAAGGUGUCGCUGUCGACGCAAUGGGCCCCUUACAACGCUGAAUAUAGGUUCCUCAAUACAUCCGAUAAUUUCGACAUUUACGACACCGCCGGCACGGUUCUCAACACAUUCAAAGGCACAAACGACGAGUGGCCUGGCGGUUACAAACCAAGACUGUUACGAGCGUAA